AUGGCGAAGAGAGGAUUCUACGCGGUGGCAAUUGGACGGUCCACCGGCGUCUUCACGACGUGGGACAAGUGCAAGAUGCAAGUGGAAGGCUUUGCUGGAUGCAGAUACAAGAAAUUCAGCACGGGUGCUGAAGCGCAAGCGUUCGUAAACGGCUUCAGCAAUGACUCUCGAGAUGACGUUCGAGCGCAGCCAAAGUCUCAGUCAUCAAAACGACUGGACGACAAAAGUAUACUCACCGACAAGUGCGCCCCGUCUCCUGCUCAGAAACGCAAGCACGAUCGAGAAGAAUCUUAUUCUGGCAAGUCCGGCACCGAAACGUCGGUGAAGUUUGUGCGCAAGAUGCCGGCGAGAUGUGCCGAUCGUCUGAGCGGUAGUGCAUUUGACUCGAAGCAAUCAGGUUUGGGCGCUUUGACCGCAGAAUCGACUUGCGGGGCGUCCGCGCUGCAAGGUGGUAUGCAGUACUUGUGCACUGAUGGUAACAACGAUAGUGGAGCUGCUUCUGCCGAUGCUGUUCAUGGGGACACAAUGGUGAGCGAUACUCAUUCUUCUUCUGCCUCCACUGAAUGGAAAUCGUGCGAUGCGACAAAAGACCGGGAGCUGGAGGUCUUUUCCACAUGGAAAGAAGUUACGAAACAUGGGAACCACUUGUCCAGCUCGGGCUUUGAAACGCUUCGAACGACGGCGCUGCCAGAAGCUUUUGCGACACAGCACGCGGUAGCUGCUGAAAACAAAGACCGAUUUCUGGACCCGCGGAAUACAAACACUUUGGUGGCAUUUUGUGAUGGAAGUGCUCUUGGGAAUGGACGGCGGGGAUGUCGUGCAGGCUACGCCUGCAUUUUCCCGCACUGCGAGGAGUGGAACGUAACCAAACAACUGGUGGGAGACAAAGUUACGAAUAACCGGGCGGAGUAUAUGGCUGCACUUGAAGCCAUGAAGCGUGCGAAUGUGGAAGAUUCCAGUGGAUCCCGAGUACUAUACAUCUUCUCGGACAGUAUGCUAUUAAUUCGAUCAAUGACGGAAUGGGUUGACGGGUGGCAGAAAAACAACUGGAAAAAGUCAGACGGCAAACCAGUGCAGAACCGCGAUCUGCUGGAGCUACUGGUGGCAGAAAAGGGCGACCGUCGCGUUUGCUGGACCCAUGUGAAGGCUCAUACCGGAAAGAAGGACUGGGAAUCCAAGUGGAAUGAUGUAGCUGACAACGCGGCACGGAAUGCUGCAGUGAGUAUUGGUGAAGUAUGA